UGACUGGCCCCGCCCCUGCCCUGCCCCAUAAAGGCCCCUGGCCGGUGGGACCUCGCACCCCAGCUGUCCUCCCACUCAUCCCUGGACAGAGUCCCUGGCAGUCAUGAGGCUCCUCCUGGCGCUGCCCGUCCUGGUGGUGGUCCUGUCCAUGGUUCUGGAAGGCCCAGCCCCAGCCCAGGCCACACCCGAUGUCCUCAGCACCCUGGAGAACAUCCCAGAUAAGCUGAAGGAGUUUGGAAACACCCUGGAGGACAAGACCCGGGCAGCCAUCGACCACAUCCGACAGAGUGACAUUGCUACCAAGACCAGGAAUUGGAUUUCGGAGACAUUCAACAAAGUGAAGGGAACACUCAAAGACACCUUCUCCUGAAGGCCUGAGGACAGAGCCUAAGCAAAGAGGCCCUGCAUGAGGCCCUAGUGGCCCCACCCCACACUAAUAAAAAUCCUAUAAAUAAAAAAUCCUAUAAAAAUC